AUGAACCGGCAAACUUACAGCAUGAGAGCGGGAGGUGGAGGCAGGUCUUACAGCACUGCCUCAGCUGUUAUUCCAAGUGGCAACAGGGCUGGCUUUAGUUCGAUGUCCGUGGCACGAUCUGGAGGAGGUGGAGGUGGUUUUGGAAGGCUCAUUGGAGGAGGAGGAGGUGGUGGUGGAGGUUUUGGCAGCAGGAGCCUCUACAGCCUUGGCGGUAGCAAGAGGAUAUCCAUUGGUGUUGGAAGCAGCUUCCGAGCUGCUUUUGGGAGCGGAGCUGGUGGUGGCUCUGGCCUGGGAGGUUGUGGUGGUGGUGGCUGUGGACUUGGUGGUGGCGGAGCUGGUGGCAGUCUUGGACUUGGUCUCGGUGGUGGAGGUGGUGGAUAUGGGUUUGGUGGAGGUGCUGGCGGGCUUGGCUUUGGUGGUGGACAUGGAGGUGGUGGAGGGUUUGGCUUUGGUGGAGUAGGGGGGCUGGGAGGAUUCAGUGGAGGGCUGGGUGGCAGCAGGAACCCAGCGGGAUUUGGUGGUGGCCCACCUGGAGUCGGUACAAUCCAAGAAGUGACGGUCAACCAGAGUCUCCUGGCACCACUGAACCUGGAGAUAGAUCCAAACAUCCAGCAGGUGCGAAAAGAUGAGAAGGAGCAAAUCAAGACCCUCAACAACAAGUUUGCUUCUUUCAUUGACAAGGUUCGCUUCCUGGAGCAGCAGAACAAGGUGCUUGAGACCAAAUGGACCCUCCUGCAGGACCAGGGUCAAAAAACCAACUCAGGUAAAAACAACCUGGACCCACUCUUUGAGGCUUACAUCAACAACUUGAAACGGCAGCUGGCCAACCUGCUUAAUGAGAGAGGACGCAUGGAUGGGGAGCUGAAGAACAUGCAAGACCUCGUUGAGGAUUUCAAGAACAAAUACGAAGAGGAAAUCAACCGACGCGCAGCAGCGGAGAAUGAAUUUGUGGUGUUGAAGAAGGAUGUGGAUGCUGCUUACAUGACUAAGGUGGAGCUGGAGGCCAAGGUGGAUGCCCUGACUGAUGAACUCAGCUUCCUCCGAGCCCUCUAUGAUGCGGAGCUGGCUCAGGUCAGCGCACAAGUGUCCAACACCGCUGUCAUUCUGUCAAUGGACAACAACCGGGACCUGGACCUCAGCAGCAUCAUAGCUGAAGUCAAAGCUCAGUACGAAGACAUUGCUAACAGGAGCCGGGCUGAAGCGGAGGCUUGGUACCAAACCAAGUUCGAGGAGCUGCAGGCCACGGCGGGGAAGCAUGGGGACGACCUGCGCAACACAAAGGGGGAAAUCUCUGAGCUCAACCGGCUGAUCCAGAGGAUCCGGUCAGAGAUAGAGAACAUGAGGAAUCAGUGCGUUACCCUGCAGACAGCCAUCGGAGACUCCGAGGAGCGUGGGGAGAUGGCCCUCAAAGAUGCCAAGGCAAAGAUGAUUGACCUGGAAGAUGCUCUGCAGAAAGCCAAAGCUGACAUGGCCCGGCAGCUCCGCGAGUACCAGGAGCUCAUGAACGUCAAGCUGGCCCUGGACAUUGAGAUCGCGACCUACAGGAAGCUGCUGGAGGGAGAGGAGAGCAGGCUGAGCGGAGAGGGACUCAACCCCAUCAGCUACUCUGUCGUCAGCUCCAGCUCUGGCAUGGCUGGUGGAGCUGGGUUAGGAGGAGGAUUUGGUGGACUGAGCCUAAGCGGAGGAGGUGGCGGAAGCGGUUUUGGUCUUGGAGGAGGCGGCGGAAGCAGUUUUGGUCUUGGAGGAGGUGGUGGAAGCGGUUUUGGUCUUGGAGGAGGCGGCGGUGGAAGCGGUUUUGGUCUUGGAGGCGGCGGUGGUGGCAGUGAUUUUGGCCUUGGAGGCGGCGGCAGUGGAGGCUACAGUUUUGGAAGCGGAGGAGGACUUGGACUCGGGGGUGGUGGUGGUGGUCUUGGAGGUGGAUUUGGAGGAGGCAGUGGUCUCGGCAUUGGAAGUGGUCUUGGCUACGGAGGAGGUGGCGGCAGCAGUCUGAGCACCAGCGGAGGGAAUUUCAGCUCUGGAAGUGCAAAAGGCACCAACCCGGGGGUUUCUGUCUCCAUUGCCCUCUGCUCUUUUCCUGCAGCGCAGCUUUUAUUCACCAGCCUUUUUUUUUUCCCCCCUCUCCUGCUCUUUGCAUUUCCAAUUGAACAAGCCACCAUGAGUCGGAUCUCUUUCAGAUCAUCUACCGGAGGGGGCAUGAGGGGCUUUAGCUCAGGCUCUGCUAUCGUAGGAGGUGGCAGUGGUACCAGAAGCAGUUUCAGCUCCGUCUCUGUCUCCAGAGUUGGAGGAGGAAGAGCCGGAGGUGGAGGAGGCUUCGGAGCUGGUGGUGGCUUCGGCAGCAGAAGUCUCUAUAACCUAGGUGGAAGCAAGAGAAUUUCCUACAGCUCGGUCGGUGGAGGUCUACGGAGUGGAGCCGGUGGUGGAUACGGCUUUGGUGGAGGAGCUGGCUUUGGUCUUGGCUAUGGUGGUGGAGCAGGCGCUGGUUUUGGCUUAGGAGGAGCUGGUGGUGGUGGCGGCUAUGGGCUGGGCAGUGGAUUUGGGCUGGGAGGUCCUGGAUUUGGUGGUCGAGGUGGCCCUGGGUUCCCUGUUUGCCCACCUGGUGGCAUCCACGAAGUGACCGUCAACCAGAGCCUCCUGGCACCCCUCAAGCUGGAUAUCGACCCGGAAAUCCAGAAGGUGCGAACACAGGAACGGGAGCAGAUCAAGACCCUCAACAACAAAUUUGCCUCCUUCAUCGACAAGGUGCGCUUCCUGGAGCAGCAGAACAAAGUGCUGGAGACCAAGUGGAGCCUCCUGCAAGAGCAAGGUCACACAGUCACCAGAAAGUCCCUUGAACCCCUUUUUGAAGCCUACAUCAACAACCUCAGACGGCAGCUAGACAGUCUCAUGGGAGAGAGGGGAAGGUUGGACUCUGAACUGAGGAACAUGCAGGACAUGGUGGAAGACUUUAAGAACAAAUAUGAAGAUGAGAUCAACCGGCGCACUGGUGCAGAGAACGAGUUCGUGGUCCUCAAGAAGGAUGUGGAUGGUGCUUAUAUGAACAAGGUCGAGCUGCAGGCCAAAGCAGAUGCGCUGGCAGAUGAAAUUAACUUCCUGAGAGCUCUCUACGAAGCGGAAUUGUCCCAGAUGCAGCAGCAAGUAUCUGACACCUCCGUGGUCCUGUCCAUGGACAACAACCGUAACUUGGACCUCAACAGCAUCAUUGCAGAGGUCAAAGCGCAGUACGAGGACAUCGCCAACAGGAGCCGGGCUGAGGCUGAGGCUUGGUACCAAAACAAGUACGAGGAGCUCCAGGUCUCCGCUGGGCGGCACGGUGAUGACCUGCGUAACACCAAGAUAGAAAUUUCGGAGAUCAACCGGAUGGUCCAGAGGCUGCGGAACGAGAUUGAGAGCGUGAAGAAACAGUGCGCCAACCUCCAAGCAGCCAUCGCCGAGGCGGAGGAGCGCGGGGAGAUGGCCCUCAAGGAUGCCAAGGCCAAACUGGCUGAGCUGGAAGAUGCCCUGCAGAAGGCUAAAGCAGACCUGGCCCGGCAGCUCCGUGAGUACCAGGAGCUCAUGAACGUCAAGCUGGCCCUGGACAUCGAGAUUGCGACCUGCAGGAAGCUGCUGGAGGGAGAGGAGAGCAGGCUUGCCGGAGAGGGAGUCGGAGCUGUGAGCGUCUCUGUGGUCAGCAGCUCCAGCGGGAUGGGCUACGGCGGCGGCGGCAGCUGCCUGGGCAUGGGCGGAGGUCUCGGCAUGGGAGGCGGCGGCGGCUACAGCAUGA